GACCCGGGUGUGGUACCCUUCUCUCUGUUGCAGGACAAUGGCAUCCUCCAUCACGUGGGGCCUCCUCCUGCUGGCAGGCCUGUGCUGCCUGGUCCCCGUCUCAUUGGCUGAGGGUCUCCAGGGACACGCUGUCCAGGAGACAGACGCAUCCCAGCAGGAUCGUGAGCACCGCCAGGAAGCAGCCUGCCACAAGAUCGCCCCCAACCUGGUCGACUUCGCCUUCAGCGUGUACCGCCGAGUGGCCCAUGAGUCCAAUGCCACCAACAUCUUCUUCUCCCCAGUGAGCAUCGCUACAGCCUUUGCGAUGCUCUCGCUGGGGACCAAGGGUGACACUCACACCGAGAUCCUGGAGGGCCUAGAUUUCAACCUCACUACAAGAAUAGAGGCUGAGAUCCACGAAGGUUUCCAGCAUCUUCUCCACACCCUCAACCAGCCAGACAACAAGCUGCAGCUGACCACUGGCAAUGGCCUGUUCAUCAACGAGAGCGCGAAGCUAGUGAGUAAGUUUCUGGAGGAUGUCAAGAACCUGUACCACUCUGAAGCCUUCUCCAUCAACUUCAGGGAUGCUGAAGAGGCCAAGAAAAAGAUCAAUGAUUACGUAAAGAAGGGAAGCCAAGGAAAAAUUGUGGAUCUGGUAGAUGAUCUUGACCAAGACACAGUUUUUGCUCUGGUGAAUUACAUAUUCUUUAAAGGAAAAUGGGAGAAGCCCUUUGAGGAAGAGCACACCACAGAGAGGGACUUCCACGUGGACGAGGAGACCACCGUGAAGGUGCCCAUGAUGAACCGCCUGGGCAUGUUUGACCUCCACUACUGCGACAGGCUCACCAGCUGGGUACUGCUGAUGGACUACGUGGGGAACGCCACCGCCGUCUUCAUCUUGCCCGACCAGGGGAAACUGCAGCAUCUGGAGGACCAGCUCAGCAAGGAGCUUCUCGCCAAGGUCCUGGAAAAGAGAUACGCAAGUUCUGCCAAUUUAUACUUGCCCAAACUGUCCAUUUCUGGAACCUACGAUCUGAAAACUCUCCUGGGUAAACUGGGCAUCACCAAGGUCUUCAGCAACGGGGCUGACCUCUCAGGGAUCACCGAGGAAGUGCCUCUGAAGCUGUCCAAGGUGAGCGUGUCCUUGACCUCUGUAGGUCAGAAUGUGCACGGGGGCUGCAGCUCAAGGGUGAGGCUGAGGAAGGGACAGAGGGACACAGGCACACCUGCAGACUGAGGUCCCUGAGGAAUGCCAUCGCUCCACCAAGACUGCAAUGUGGUCGGAUGAUGGAGGGGGACAGGUGGCCUCACAUGCUUGGUGCAUUUUAUUUAAGGACCUCCUCUGAGGUUGUGUCACUCACCCUGUCUCAUCCUUGGCCGGGGACUUCCCUUCUUUGGGUCCCGAUAAACCCCUAUUUACAGAGAGAGGCUUAGGCUCAGGGAUUGCAAAGGACCUUUGGCCCUG